GCCGGCGCGCCAGAGCAACCAUGCAGCAGCGGGCGCGGCGGGCGCGGGGGGCCCGGGGACCUGCGGGGAUGCGUCUGAUGCUUUGCUUCCUGCUGUUGAGCAGCUGCCCUGGGGGCUGGGACGCCAUUAGUCCCCACGGCUGUCUCUUUGCCCGAAGACUCUGCUCUUACCUGGAAGUCUGUGCCAAGGAGGGACAGCCCCAGGUGGGCAUGCAGCCACCCAGGUCCCGGCAAGGAGUCGUCAAGCUGGUCUUCCGAUACUGGCAAGAUGUGCUUCAGUGGCUCAUGCCUCAAGGACUGUUCUGGAAGGAUGAUGUCACUCAAGAUGUAAAGACCCAGAAGAUGGAGCACAUGCCCAGGCUCCACACCUCAGAGACCUACAUGAGGGAUGGGUAGACAGCCUUUCCCAUCAAAACCACACUGAGAGCCCAGUGACCAAGGUGAACAAGGAACAAUGCUUGAACUCUAGAAUGGUUUCGGAGGUCCUGAACCAAGCAAGAGAUGACCAACCACAGCAAGGCCCCACUGCAGGUGAGGGCCUGCCCUUGUCCAGGAACGCUGAGCCCACCAAGGGCCUGUUUACAGAGGGAGACAGGGUGAAGGAGGGGAUAGACAUUGGUUGAUAAGGAAUGAUUUCACUGAGACUGAUGGAGAACCUUCUGGAAGAGAGGGCCUGGAGGAUGGAAAAGAACAGAGCCAGCCCAAUCUUCACCCUGCCACUGCCCAGCCGUGACCUUGGACACAUUACCUAGGCUCUUCAAGUCCCUUCUUCCACAUCUGUAAAAUGGGAAUGGUAAUAAAGACGACCCUUCGGUGUU